UUUUCCUUGGAUGACGUUGCAAUGUACAUAUGAUUCUUGGACUUUGAACGUUUUAAUCUAUAUUUUCUUGCAGCAUUAUUUUCAACUUUAAAUGCAUAUGCUUUUCCUUUUAGAGAGCUGGCAAUGCCAUAUAUGAAAUUAUACAAGUUUGAAUAUAAUUAUGAUUCCCUUCAACAUGUCACUCACAAUGUUAGCAUUGCUACUGCUGAUAUCAAUGAACCUUGUCAAUGGUCAGAACAAUGAUAACUCGUCCGAUGAAUGCCCCUUUCGUUUAUCUUGUUCGCAUAACAAGAAUCAAAUCAUUGAGUUUCCAGCAGAUCCAGUUCCAGUAAAGCUCCUCGUUACAGACAUAGAUUGUCAAUCUCAACAAUUAUACCUAUCUCACCCACAAAAUUGUCUUUCUAGUAUCUUUGUAACACACAAUUUUUCACUAUUUUAUCCUUUUAGCCUUGCUUCAUUAUUUAAUCGUCCUAGCAGCGUCAACAACGUUACUUUCUUUAAUUGCUCUUCAGUUGGACAACAUCUCAGAAGCUGGGAACAAACAAAACCCGGUGCCCAAGACAUGUUAUCUUGUCCAAUUUAUGUUGCUGAUUUAUCUGAAAGUGUCAUCGAAUUGGACUUAUUACGUUGCACCAGAAUGUUUGAUAAAGUUUUGCCAAUAGAUUUAAGUUUUAGAAAUAACUAUCUCAAAUUGAAUUGGUCAGAACAAACUUUUCAUAGUCAAUGUUUACAACCACAGAUUAAAUCAAAGCACACAUCCAUUAUUGCUGCAACAACAGGGGCAAUUGUUGGUUCAACUAUUCUGGUUGUUUUGUUUGGUGUUUUCUUUCGAGUAUACCUCUAUUAUAGGAUGAAAGGAGAAGAUCAAACUAGACUUGAAAACUUUUUGAAGGAUUAUGAAGCGUCAAAGCCAACUAGAUUUUCUUAUGCCGAUAUCAAGAGAAUUACUGAUCAAUUCAAGGAAAAGCUGGGCGAAGGAGCUCAUGGAGCUGUCUACAAAGGUAAAUUAUCGAGUCAAAUUCUUGUUGCUGUGAAGAUGCUUAAUAAUACAGAAGGAGAUGGGAGAGAGUUCAUAAAUGAAGUAGGAACUAUGGGAAAAAUCCAUCAUGUUAAUGUUGUCCGGUUACUUGGCUUUUGCGCUGAUGGAUUUUAUCGUGCUUUGGUUUAUGACUUUUUCCCUAAUGGUUCGUUGCAAAAUUUCAUUUCUUCACCUGACAACAAGGAUGUUUUCCUUGGUUGGGACUUAUUGCAACAGAUUGCUCUAGGCAUUGCCAAUGGAAUUGAGUAUCUUCACCAGGGCUGUGAUCAAAGAAUUCUUCAUUUUGAUAUCAAUCCGCACAAUAUCUUGUUAGAUGACAAUUUUACUCCAAAAAUAUCAGACUUUGGUUUAGCCAAGUUGUGCUCCAAAAAUCAAACUAUUGUAUCGAUGACUGCGGCUAGGGGAACAUUAGGAUACAUGGCACCUGAAGUAUUUUCUCGAAACUUUGGGAAUGUCUCUUAUAAAUCUGAUAUAUACAGCUAUGGAAUGUUGCUGCUGGAGAUGGUCGGAGGAAGAAAGAAUACUAAGACAGUCACAGAUGAAGAAAAUUUUCAAGUUUUGUAUCCAGAUUGGAUCCACGGUUUGUUUGAAGGGGGAGAUAUACAUAUCCCUAUUGAUGAAGAUGGAGAUUAUAGAAUUGCAAAGAAACUAGCAAUUGUCGGACUUUGGUGCAUUCAGUGGCAUUCAGUGCAUCGACCAGCCAUGAAAAUGGUGGUGCAGAUGCUACAUGGAGAGUUAGACAAGUUAAAAGUUCCCACCAAUCCUUUCAAUGAUUCAUCUUCAACUAACGGAACCGCAUAUACAGCUACAGAAUAUUUCAAUUCAGAACUAGAUGUGAUUCAAGAACUGGAAUAGAAUAGAAUAUAAAAGUAUUAUUGUUACUUGAUAUGGUUUGUUUAGUUUCAUUUCUUUAAGUUUGUUUCUGUUUUGUUUCCUUUUCAUCCACAUUAUAUUUUGAGAUUCCUCCGUGUUGAUCAAUAGCAAUGGAAAAUCUGUAGAGUACAUGUAGAAGAUAACAACGAGAGUAUAGCUAGCAAAUAAUUGAAUUAAUAUAGUGAUAACAGUUAUGAGAGUAACAAAAUACUACUAUUAAACCGUUUAUCUGAA